UUUAGUUUCUCCAGUCGGAGCCUGUAACGCAGUAUAUUGUCCGAUCCGUGGAGAGAGUGGGGAUUAAAUACAACACAACCGCGCGAGGACCAUCAUGUUGUUUUCCUGGAGCCUGAACGCGUGCGUGACUCUGUGUUUGUGGAUUAUUACGGUGCUCACGAGCCACCCGGGAAGUGUGUCUGCAGCGAGGAAGCAGGACGACUCUUUCUUCACCGGCAGCAUUUACCGAGCGAGAUGCGCCUCGAGAUGCCUCAGUCUGCACAUCACUCGCAUCUCCGCUUUCUUCAAGCACUCCCAGAAUAAUGGAUCUUUGGUUUGGUGCCAGAAUCACAAGCAGUGCUCCAAGUGCCUGGAGCCCUGCAAGGAAUCCUGGGACCUGAAGGAAAACCAGUGCCAGGAUUUAUGCGAGCCCCUCUUUCCCAAGAAACACUACGAGUGUCUGACGAGCUGUGAGUUCCUGAAGUCGGUAGAGGGAGUGAAGCAAGGCGACUGUCCUGCCCCAGAGAAGGCCAGCGGCUUCGCAGCGGCCUGCGUGGAGAGCUGUGAGGAGGAUGGAGAGUGUUCAGCCGUGAAAAAGUGCUGCUCCAACGGCUGCGGCCACACCUGCCAGCUGCCUAAGAACCUCUACAAAGGAGUCCCUCUGAAGCCGAGGAAAGAGCUGGGGUUUUUGGAGCAGCCGUCAGGUCAGCUGGAGAUCCGCUGGUCCUCCAAGUUCAACAUCUCCGUUGAGCCCGUCCUCUACGUGGUGCAGCGCCGCUGGAAUUAUGGCAUCCACCCCAGCGAGGACGACGCCACCGAGUGGCAGACCGUGGCACAGACCGCAGAGGAGCGCGUCCAACUGGCCGACAUCAGAGCCAGCAGAUGGUACCAGUUCAGAGUUGCUGCAGUCAACGUCCACGGGACCCGCGGAUUCACCGCUCCCAGCAAACACUUCCGCUCCUCCAGAGAUCCAUCCGCCCCUCCCAGCCCGACCAGUCUGCGUGUCAGCAACGUGACGCUGGGCGACGAAGGCCUGGUGACAGUCCGUCUCAACUGGACGCUGCCAGAGGAGCCCGAUAUCCCCAUACAUCACUACAAAGUGUUCUGGAGCUGGACCGUGCCCACCAAGUCCAUGGUGCCAUCCAAGAAGAAAAGGAGAAAGACCACCAACGGGGCUCAGAGCUGGGUGGAUCUGGAGGGACUGCUGCAGAACAGCAGUUACACUGUGGAGCUGCAGGCCGUCACAUACUGGGGACAGGUGCGUCUGAAGAGCUCCAAGGCUUCUCUCCACUUCAGCACCUCCCAGAAUAAUGAGUCAGUAAAAUCAGUGCUCAAGUCAAAGAAGGAGGAGAUAUCCCCUCUUGGUUCGACCUUGGCCAAACGCCCCUCUGGCCCUCUAGAGGUGGGCACGCCCUUCUACCAGGAUGGCCAGCUGCAGGUCCGCGUCUACUGGAAGAACCGGGGAGACCCCACUGUGAGUCGCUACCACGUCCAGUGGAUGCCGGAGUACUGCAGCCACAACGAGACCCGAGGGCCGGAGAAAUCUGUCACGCAGGAGAACUACAUCAACCUCCCGGGCCUGCUGUUCUCCUGCAAGUACAAAGUCACCGUUCACAUGCUGAAGUCCAAGAGACGCUCCAAGGACGAGAGCACCACCUUCCUCACGCCGACCUGCGCUACCAUCCGCAGCAAGACUCACAAACACAUCCCCUGCCCGGGGGAGGGAGCUCCAGGGGUCCCAAAGGUUUUGGCUAAGCCUGAGAACCUGACGGCCUCUUUCUCCAUCAUUGAUGGAAACAUCACCGGUAACUUCCUGUGGCGCGUGUCCAGGGUGGCUCCCCAUCAGCGAAUCACAGGCUUCCAGGUCACCUGGGCCGAGAUCACCACAGAAAGUCGGCAAAACAGCCUGCCCAACAGCAUCAUCUCCCAGUCCCAGAUCCUGCCUCCAGAUCAUAACUUGCUUGUCGUGUCCAACCUGCGGCCGUCCACCUACUACAGACUGGAGGUGCAGGUCAUAACGACUGGAGGGGAAGGUCCUGCCACUGUCAAGACCUUCCAGACCCCCAACAUAUUACCAGUCAUUCAACACCGACCCAGACUCCGGCAGCACCACUCUCACCACCAGAAGCCGUCAGUAGAGAGGCACUGAGCUGCAAGUCGAGGCGAACCCAAUAGGGAGAAGCACCAGUGGCUCUCUGCUCCCGUCUGUCAGGGAAGGAAUGUGUGGAACCAAACAGAAACACAGCGCAUCAGACCAUGAACUGACCCCCCUGCUCGUGAAACAUGGGUCCAUCUUCUCCAGGCUCCACAACAACACAUCAGCUAUUCCUUCUUAACCCCUCUCCCUCGACUGAUACGUGUCAGCGGACGGGUUGGUCUGUACAGUGACAUUUAUACCGCAAGGUCUCACAUUUUGCGUUGGUUAGUACAUAGCUCCCCAAACACAUCCCCAACUCAUCAGGUUAGUACGUUACGAAAUUACAGGUAAAAGGUAAGACCCCGAAAAAUAGUUGUGAUCCAGCUGUCAAAUUUCAAUUCAGUCAGUUGAUCAAUGCAACGUAUGCUCAUACAACAGUUCGUAUAUCUUACGAAAAGUUAUUCCAGCAACGCGUGUCAAUUUCCGCUCGUUACAUGCGUACAGUCUUUUCAAAAUAAACUUUCUCACAG